UCACGUGACCUAUCGGAGCAACAACAAAACUUAAUCAACUAGACAACGAAAACUUAAUAAAUUUGUCACAAAAUGCCUCGUGAGGCAAAGCAAGACUACUGGAUAAAUGAGAGCAUUAAAGAUAAAAGAUUUGAGGAUUAUUACCUACAGCUUACAGAACUUGGAAGAGGUGCAACAUCAGUAGUGGUCAAAGUUGAAGAAAAAGGGACACAACAGAAAUGGGCUGCCAAAGUUAUCCACAAAAGGGUGGACAAGAAAGUCAUUAACUCAGAGAUUGGGAUCCUCCUAAAGCUCAAGCAUAAGAAUGUGAUUCGACUGAAAGAGAUCUAUGAGAGCCCCACAGACAUUUAUCUUAUUCUUGAGUUGGUCAAAGGAGGUGAACUCUUCGACAGAAUUGUAAAUCGAGGUUACUACUCCGAGAAAGAUGCUUCCAAAGCCGUCCAACAAAUGCUGGUCGCAGUCAAGUAUCUUCAUGAGAAUGAAGUGGUGCAUCGUGACUUGAAGCCUGAAAACCUUUUGUAUGAAGAUUUAACAGAUGAAUCCAAUCUCAAAGUUGCUGACUUUGGUCUCUCUAAAAUCAUUGAAAGGGAGGUGACAAUGAAUACAGUAUGUGGGACCCCAGGAUAUUGUGCCCCCGAGGUCUUGGCUGGCAGACCCUACUCUUACCCUGUAGACAUGUGGAGCAUUGGAGUCAUCACUUAUAUCUUGUUAUGUGGUUAUGAGCCAUUCUACAGUGAAAACGAGAGGACAAUGUACAAGAAAAUUCUGAAAGCAGAGUAUGAAUUUCACGCACCAUUCUGGAAUAACAUCAGUGAAAAUGCCAAGGACUUUGUCAGAAAGAUGCUUCAGCUGGACCCUAAGAAACGUCUAACAGAGGUUCAGGCCCUCAACCACAAGUGGGUCCAGGGUGUGGCCGCCAAGAGUGAACACAUGCCAGAAACCCACGAGAAGAUCAAGGAAUUCAACGCCACAAGGAAAAUGAAGGCAAUUACAGAUGCAACUCUUCUGGCCUCUAGAGCAGCCCGAGUCACCAGUAUUUUAAAUCAAAAACAGUCCAUGAGCGAUGUGUCCAUGCAAUCUGUGUCAGAACCAAUGGAGCAUUAAUUACAAUACACUGUCAAUCUACUGUUAGAAUUAUUUAUAUUGUUUUGUAUCAUAUUUAUAAUUUUUAUUUGGUAUUUACAAACACUGUCUGUGAUAGUACUGUGAAUUAACAUUUUAUAUUUCUUUACAAUUUUGUGUAGAUUCUAAUUUGAAUUUCAAUACAAAUACAUGUACAAUGUAUGCUUUCAUUAUUUUUUUCUCUGUAAAUGAACUAUUUUAUAACAUUUCUUGAAAUUUUUCAUACAUUGAACAUUUUGAUACUGACAUUUUAAUCGAAACUAUUUUUUUAGUAAUUUGAUUUUAUUUAGAAAAAAAUAUGCUAUGCUUUCUAGAAAAAUUUCGAAUGUGUUCAAAUUUAUGAAUUUUAAAUAUUUUUAUUCACCUAAUUAUUAAAAGAAAUGUGUUAAUACAUGUACCUUUCAACACAAAUUACAAAUACAGGACUUGGUUGUAUGAAAUGUUUUUAUUCAGUUCCAUGAUCUGUAUGACAAUUCAACUGAAACUUUGACAGAUCUGAAUUUGAGGAUCAAAAUAAAGUCACAUAAAAAACAA